AUGUCGAAGACGACCAUUUUCGAAACAACUCUUUGGCAAGCUACCAGUUUCGCAAGCUUAUUCGGAGACGUGUCAACGAGAGUGCACACCAGGGGACUUUCAAUAUCUGAUGCGAUGAUCUCCUUCUACACGGUCUUACAUUUGCGAUCUUAUCCGAUGGCUAUUGAUGGAGGAAAAUCCCGAUUCGGCGCCCUUGAAGCCACAUGUCAGACCCAAAUCCUGGACGAGUUCAUUGAACAUACUGUGUCUCAAGGCUACAAGGGCGUCAACGACGGCGGGAAUGAGGAAGCAGGCGUAACUAUAACCAUCUACGAAAUGAUGCAGCCAGUAUUUACAAGCGGAAAGCUUUUUGAACGAGGCGGCAAUCUUCGUCACGAGGCUGGGAAGAAGUUCUCGAACACACUGAUGAGCUGCAUUGGGUUUUAA